ACGCGCGAGUGCGCUUUCCAGUCCGCGCUCCCGACUCGCAGGCGACUGGCGUGCCCGUGCGACGCCGCCACCGGUUUCACUCCACUCAUUAUUAUAUCCAUGACGUAUCAUUUAAACUAUGACGUAUAACUGAACGAGUACGCGCUACGAGCCCUCCGUUGUGUUGUGACGUUAGUAAGGACGAAUAGUGCCCGAAGUUUUGGGAGAGCGACGAGGGAAAAGUAACUGUUGAUUUUAAAGACAAGAGGAAGAAAUAAUCCAAGAUGGCGCUGUUUGGUAUGGCGUCGGCGGUGGCGGGCUUCGUCAAAGUCCGCUACCUGAUCGACAAGGCUGUCAUCGACAACAUGGUGUUCAGAAUGCACUACCGCAUCACGUCCGCCAUCCUGUUCCUGUGCUGCCUUCUCGUCACCGCCAAUAAUCUUAUCGGUGAUCCUAUUUCGUGUAUAAACGACGGCGCGAUAUCCGCUCAUAUCCUGAACACGUACUGCUGGAUUACCUACACGUUCACCCUGCCCUACACCAAGAGCAAAGGCAUCGCGCACCCUGGCCUCGGCAAUGACUACGAAGAGGAGAAGCGCAUUCAUGCCUACUACCAAUGGGUGCCCUUUAUGCUGUUCUUCCAGGGUCUGCUCUUCUACAUUCCCCACUGGAUCUGGAAGAACUGGGAGGAGGGCAAGGUGCGCAUGAUCUCCGACGGCAUGCGAGGAACAUCCGCUUGCAUCGCAGAUGACAAGUCCAAGAGACAGAGUCGUCUGGUCCAGUACUUGUACGACACCCUGCACAUGCACAACUCCUAUUCUUUCGGCUAUUUCUUCUGUGAGAUUCUCAACUUUGUCAACGUGGUUGGUAACAUCUUUUUCCUGGACACUUUCCUCGGCGGCGCUUUCUUGACUUACGGCACUGAUGUCGUCAAAUUCUCUAACAUGAACCAGGAGCAACGGACUGACCCUAUGAUUGAAGUGUUCCCGCGUGUUACUAAAUGCACCUUCCACAAAUUUGGUGCUUCUGGAACAAUCCAGAAACACGACGCCCUCUGUGUUCUCGCCUUGAACAUUCUUAACGAAAAGAUAUUCAUCUUCUUGUGGUUCUGGUUCAUCAUCCUAUCAGUCUUGUCAGGCUUGGCACUCGUGUACUCGGCUGCUGUAAUCCUUCUACCGAGUACCCGGGAGACUAUUCUCAAGAGACGUUUCCGCUUUGGUACACCUAACGGCGUUGAGGCACUUGUUAGGAAGACUCAGGUUGGCGAUUUCCUGCUAUUGCACCUGCUCGGUCAGAAUAUGUCAAUGCGUGUGUUCGGCGAGGUGCUGGACGAGCUGUCGCGUCGCCUUCAUCUCGGCUCCAACGCGCCCUCCGCGCCAUCUACCCUCGAAAUGGCACCCAUCUAUCCUAACAUCGAAAAGUAUGCGAAAGAAACCGAAACCUAAGCUAAACGGUAAACUCUAUUAUGUCUCAUUUACAUUUUUUGAGAUCAUUAUCUUCAUUGGGAAUAUAUUUGUAAAUCUCAAACUAUGUAUGGAGACAUUGCCAUUUUUUGUUCCUUAUAUUUAGUUAUUCAAAAUAUUCAUACGCUCUUACGAUACCUAGUGUUACGAUUUCUUCUAUUGAAGACAAUUCCAUUUCAUUACGUUCAAUACAUUCCUUUAUUGUGUAGACGAUUUUACCUUUGUUAAGGUAUCAGACACAGUUUGCCUUAAUAGGCUUUUACAUGGUCUCAAUCUGUUUGUAAAUGGAAGUAUUUUUAUAUUUAUAACCCCUUUUGGGGACAGUAAACAAAAUUGACGAGCAUGACAUUAGUUGUUAAAUAUAUAUAGUGAAUCCAUUGUGAAUUGACAAUUAGGCAAUAAUGUGAAAUGUAUGAGAGAUUGGGAAACAAAACAGUGUCUGUGAUGUUACCUAUGCAGGGUAAAUGUAAGAAAAUCCAAUUUUAGUGUUUAAAUCAAAUACUUUGUUGAAAUUAGACAGUUAUAACAUAACAAAAAAUAUAGAAAAAGACAUAUCGCUCAAAAUAAUUUUUAACGAGAAUUUAACAUUUUCAACAUGAAAAUAAAUUGUAACAUAGUUUUUAAGACAAUUAUUUUGAUUACAUCGUUGAAAGUAUUGUGUCUAUUCUACUGAUUUCAUUUUACAUAGCAUAGUAUUAUAAAAGACGUAAGCUAUUGAAAAAACUUGUUAGUUUUAGUAAGAUAAUGAAAUAUGUACGACUUAGUUAGUGAACAUUGGUGCAAAAGAGGUGUGGAAUUUGUAUAAAAAAAUAUUAUACUCAUUUACUCUGACCAUUGUGCCAUUGAAGGGAUGAAGCGGUGUACAUGCACCAGGCUUGCAUUUGUAUAA